AUGUCACGCAAGUACGACGAAACAUUCAUGUUAAACAUUGAGGCUACACGUGGACGUCCAGAAGUGCUGCUGGAGACUCGUUACAUGUGUACGAAAUCGUGUAGCGUUGAUGAGGGGAAACCCACACCAACUAUCGAGUACCAGCUUAUGGAUCGUAAUUCGACCCGACGGGAAACUGUAACCUGUUUACGCUCGUUUUGUUUCUUGCACGACUCAGUAAUCCGACAAUGGACACCCACACGGUUCACGCGUACUUGGAAUGGUCAGAAUCAGGGCGCAGUACUCGAUCUGUUCCGAGAAAUGUACCAGGUCAUGAAAUUGGGUCAAGCCGACUACGAAUGGGAAUAA